AUGACCGGCACCAUGACGCGACCAACCGUCUCCCCGUUCCUCGAACCGGGCUUGCAUACCAAGCCCCGCUCGCUCGCCAUUCUCCAGCUCUCGCGCGACAACCUUCUCCCUAUCUACCUUCAAGAAGCCUCGGGCGAACAUGAUGGCUACGCUGAGGGCGCUGUGGUCAACACCCGCUAUGGUUCCUUCCCUCAUUCCACCAUGCUGAAUGUCCCCUGGGGCUCCCAGAUCAGGGCCUCCAAGGUUGACACCGGCUCCCGUGGUCGCAAGAGGAAAAGAGGCCCCAAGGACGAAGCCAGCCGCGACGACGCCGAAGAGAACCAGCCCGAGACCACCGACAACAACACCAAUGCCACCGAGGCCACCGGUGUCAAGCAGGCCGUUGCCGACGAUAGCGGCUUCAUCCACGUUCUCCCUCCCACCCCCGAGCUCUGGACUCAGAGUCUUCCCCACCGAACACAGGUCGUCUAUACCCCCGACUACAGCUACAUUCUGCACAGGAUACGUGCUAGACCUGGUUCCACCAUCAUCGAGGCCGGCGCUGGCAGUGGCAGUUUCACCCACGCCUCCGUCCGCGCCGUUUACAACGGAUACCCUUCCAGCGCCGAGGACAGGAAGGGCAAAGUAUUCAGCUUCGAGUACCACGAGGAGCGCUACCACAAGAUGAAGAAGGAGCUUACCGAUCAUAACCUUGACGGUCUCGUUCACCUUACACACCGCGACGUCUACAACGGCGGCUUCUUGAUCGACGGAAAGAGCCCCGAAGCCGACGCAAUAUUCCUCGACCUUCCUAAGCCGUGGGAGGCCCUGCCGCACCUCUCGCGGCGCAAGCCCCAGACCGAGGCCAAGGAGGGAGAAGAAUGGACAUCACCCCUGAACCCCAAGAGAGCCGUACACAUCUGCACCUUCUCUCCCUGCAUUGAGCAGGUCACCAGGACCGUGUCGGCCAUGCGCCGCCUCGGCUGGGUCGAUAUCGACAUGGUCGAGAUCGCAAACAGGAAGCUGCACACCAUCCGCGACCGCGUGGGCCUCCAUUACCAGACCGAUCGCGGCGUCAAUGUUUCACCGCACGAUGUCGAAGAAGCCCUGGAAAGGCUCACCGAGAUCGAAGAGCGCGUCAGGGAGCAGGCGGCGCGCCCGAGAGGUGGAGAGGACGGCGCAGAGGAUGCGGACACUGCCAUGAAGAACGGAGAUGAUGCUGCCAAGAAGGACGGGGACAAGACCUCGACGGCUGAGCAGCCGCCAUACCAGACUCCCUGGGUUGACGGUCGCCUCAUCACUAAGGGUGAGCCGGAGAUCAAGACCCAUACGUCGUACCUGGUGUUUGCCGUGCUGCCGAGAGAGUGGACCGAGGAGGACGAGGCGGCGGCGUUUGCCAAAUACCCCUGCGGCAAGGAGAAGGCUGUCGUUGGCAGCAUCGACAAGCAGACGAGGAAGAAGGAGAGGCGGGAGCAGUUGCAGAAGAUUGGCGACAGGAAGGCGAGGAGGAAGGAGAGAGCCGAGAAGAUUGCUGAGGCUGUCGAGUGA